AUGGCUCUGAAGGACCAGAAGACAGCUUUGCGGAAAAGAAUCGGAGGGGAGCUGAAGAAACUCGACUCGAAUGAGAUUGAAAGACAAUCGGCCAUCAUCACGGAGCACGUGCUGCGUAUGCCAGCUUAUCAAAAUGCAAAAGGAGUGGCUAUAUUUCUAUCAAUGCCUGGAAGGGAGGUGUCGACUCGAGACAUCGUUCUGCACGCCCUUGACAGCGGGAAGUCGGUCUUCAUCCCGUAUCUUUAUGCAGGGGAAACCCCAAAGUCAAAGGUAAUGGACAUGCUGCAACUACAAGACAAGGACGAUUUUCACUCUUUAAUCCCUGAUGGCUGGGGCAUUCCGUCGCUUUCCAAGGAUUCAGUUGGAAGGAGAAGGAAUGCUCUUGGUGGAAUUGGGAUCUUGAACGACUCUGUGGAAGGCCAACAAGAUCCUCCAAGUCUGGAUCUGAUAUUCAUGCCGGCGGUAGCUUUCGAUCAUUCUCAUCGACGCCUUGGCCACGGCAAAGGCUUCUAUGACCGCUACCUCUCCAAAUAUAAAGACACCCUCAGCGGGAGCCAAAGUGGACGGCCAAUGCCACUCUUGGUAGGGAUUGCCCUUCGCGAACAAGUCCUGCCACCCGGCGAGACGAUCCCUGCAGACGAGCAUGACUGGACGGUCGAUCAAAUAGUGGUUGCUGAUGUCGAGUGA